CCACCCCACUACCUCCUUAUAAAAACAGACAACUCUCAUUCUACAAAACCUUCCCAAAAAAAAAACACACAACACACACUAACAUUAACCAAUAAACACACACUUAGAUAUAGAUACAUACAUAGACAUAUACAUACAUAUAUACAUACAAAGAAUAUGGGAAAUUGCAUAAGGAAAGAAUCAGCCAUGCAAUGGGGCGGCGAAGACUGGGGUUCAUUCAACUCCUCCGGCGGCGAUCAAAAUAUCAAAACUCGUGGAAACGAGAAACACGAUAUUUUCAACUACUCCUUAGAAGAGAAAACGGGUCUACUUCUCGGAGGAGAAACGAGAUCAUCACGUGGUGGGGUUUUAUCCUCUGUUACGCAUCAUCAGGUGAAGCUCAAAAUCUCGAAGAAAGAAUUGGAGCAUCUUCUGAAGAAAGCUGACGUUGUAGGGCUACCGUUGGAUGAAGUUUUCGCCCAGCUGAUGUACGGCGGUGAUUGCCUCCUCCGGCCGGACCAUCAACCGCCGCCGUGGAGCCCCGCCCUGCAGAGUAUACCUGAAUAAUUCCUAGAUGCAGCAGAUUUUUUUUAAUUUUAUUUCCUCUGUAAAUUAAAGUUUGUUUUAAUUAUGUUCCUUUGUCUGAUUUUUUAGAUUUUAGGAGCAUUAUAAUUAAUUAUUUAUAUUUAUAAUUUACUUAUUGUUUCUUUCUUUUUUCAUGUAUAGUUGAUUAAAGAGUAAACUGCAAAAAGUACCCCUGUGUAAUCUCUAAAUAGCGAAAACCUCCCUAUGAUAAAUAAACUAGCAAAAACCCCCCUGUGAAAUUAUUUAAAUAGCACACUCGGCCCAUUUAUCAUAUGAGUGUUGACUUCAUAU